AUGAACCUCCAUCUUUUUUCCGUUCUCUGUUUAUCUAUUUUAUCUUUUUUCUUUCUGUUUAUCUUCUCAUUUUCUUUCUCUCUUUCAUUCUCUCUCUCACUCUUGGUUUAUCUUUCUUUCACUCUCUGUUUAUCUUUAUUCUUUCUCUCUCACUGUUUAUCUUAUUUUCUUUCCCUCUUUUUCUCUCCAUCUCUCUCUCUCUCUCUUUGUUUAUCUUUCUCUCUCUCUCUCUCUCUCUCUCUCUCUAUUUAUCAUCUCAUUUUUAUUAUCUCUUUCAUUCUCUCUCUCACUCUUGGUUUAUCUUUCUUUCACUCUCUGUUUAUCUUUAUUCUUUCUCUGCUUAACUAUCUUUUCUUCUUUCUCUAUCUCUGGUUAUCUUUCUCUCUGUUUCUUUCUCUUUUUCUCACUAUAUUGCUUUCUCUUACACCUAUCUAUCUAUAUUCCUCUUUUUCUCUCUUUCUUUUCUCUCUCCCUGUUUCUUCUCAUUUUCUUAUUCUCUUUCUCCCUCUCUUUCUUUAUUUAUCUUUCUUUCAUUCACUGCUUAUUUUUAUUCUUUCUCUCUUUUUAUCUUUAUCUCUUUCUAUCUCUCUCUGCUUAUUUUUCUCUCUAUUUCUUUCUCUUUUUCUCACUUUAUUUUUUUUGCUCUCUCUUACACCUAUCUAUUUAUCUAUAUUCCUCUUUUUCUCUUUCUUUUCUGUUUCUGUUUACCUUUCUCUGUUUAUCUUUUUUUCUUUCUCUCUGUUUAUCCCCCCAUCUCUCCCUUUGGUUAUCUUUCUUUCUCUUUCUUUCACACAUUAUUUUUUGCUCUCUCUGUUUCUUUCUUACAAAGUCAACAUGAAGAUACAUUUCUUAAUAAAAGUAAACAGUACCCUUCCACUUAUGUUUGUUCUUAUAUUUUAA